AUGCAAGAAAAUCUGCAUACGAAGGCUGCAGUAGCGGUCCGUAUUCCCGCGGUGGCAUCGGUUUCUUCAGCACCGGUAGAAUCCCAAAAUGCGAGUUGCUCAAAUCUUAGUGACUACAUCAACGAGGAUAGUGUAGCUGGUGAUCUGGAGACGUACGAUGUUGGUGAGUAUCAUCUUACUACCUGUCCCAUAUGCUUAGAGCACUUCACCCUAGACAACCCUGCUAUUCUCCUCAAGUGCGAGCAUGGGUUCCACUUGCAGUGCUUGGAAUCGUGGCGGCAGCGGUCCACCAUGUGCCCAAUGUGCUUUGCGCCAGUGAUUGGUGAUGAGGGACGUCUGAUGAGCAGCUCCGAUGUCCGUAGGCGCCGCUGCAUGCGAUUGAGGCAGCCGCCAGUGACCCACCACGCACUGGAGCGCAGCUCGCUGAUUACACCUACUGGUGCUCAGCGACUACCGCAGCCUAACUGCGACAUAGAGCACGCGUCAGAGCAGGACGAGGAAAUUGAGACGAUCGAAGUAAGAGCCCGUAAUAACGGCCUGUACUGGGUGUGGUCGUGGUUCCGCCAGUGCUGUGCUUUCUAG